AUGUCGACAGCAUCGGACGACUUUGAAUUCUCGGACAAGACGAUAGGCGCACUUCAAAUCGACACACUCUUUUCAGCGUUCCUAUUCGGCGUCGUCACCCUCCAGUUGGUCAAGUACUAUCAAAACUUCAAAGAGGAUAAACUGUACCUAAAGAUACUGGCUUCGGCGAUCUGGGUACUCGAGUUGGCACACACUUUCUGCAUCGCGGCGGAGGUCUACAAAGCCACCAUCACCAACUAUGGAAAACCAGAAAAUCUGUUCCCGUUCAAAUUCAUUGGCGCUUCGACGGCGACUGGGGGGGCUUUAACCUUCGUGGCCCACACGUUCUUUUCUUUCCGAGUAUGGCGCCUCCUACCCAGGCGGUGGAACAUGAUAGGCGCUGUUUGCCUGAUUGUCGCUACCAUUCGCUUCGUUGCAUCGGUCAUCCUUGCGGUAAAGGCAAUUGAAGCAAAAAUUGUGCAGGAAUAUCGAAGCCAGUGGGGAUGGCUGAUCAUGACCGUCUUGGUGGUUGGAGCGAUGAUCGAUAUCGCCAUCGCGGGAUCAAUGUUGCAUUGGUUGCAUAGACAGAGGGAGAAGGUCUUUAAGAGAACGGUAGAUCUAAUUGAUAGGAUCGUGCAGUACACCGUCUGUACAGCGCUCCUUCCUAGUGUAACCGCUAUCAUCAUGGUCAUCGCAUUCAAUGCGGACACCGGUGCCAUGAUCUGGCUCGCCAUUUAUGCAUCCCUCGCAAAGUUUUACUCUAACAGUAUUCUCGCAUCCCUCAACUCGCGAAAGACCUUGAGGUCGACGUUCUCGCAACCUCCAUCAUCCCUCGAGCCCUCGUCGGGAGUUAGCCGCGCAACUCCUCGAGGCCAGAUGGUCAUCGCUGUCGAAAUGAACUCCGUUGCACAAGAUGGAGCAGAGCUUCCGGGGGACACAUCGGGGACCUGA